ACCCCCCAACGUUGAUAUUUACACAUAGCUACACCUUAUUCCGAAGCUACGUAUUUAUGAGAAAACAACAAAAUUCUGAGAAGUGCUCGCGAACGUUUAUUAAAAGAGCACAAAGUGGCCCAUAUCUUCCCACACUUGCUGGCUAGCUAAAGCAGUGUUCGGCUCGUGUGUUAGCCAGCCAGCUAGCUAGUUCGGUGAGGUUAGCGGUACUUAGUACUUCCCUUCCUUUUUUUUGUGUGCCCUGCGCCUGCUUUGUGUUGCAGCUCUAACACACAAACACAGAUGUUGUAAGGCAGAAGAGAAGCUCAUCUGAAAUCCUGGGGUUGUUGGUGUGGACAAAUUUUUCCUGGAUUUGAGUGGUAAAUUCAGAAGACUGAAGCCCAGGCUCACAGUCUACCUUUCACGGAGGCCCAGCCGUGAGAGGACAGAGGAAGGCACGUGGCGAAUCAUGACGGCCGACAAGGAGAAGGACCGCGACAGGGACCGGGAGAAGCGGGAGAAGGGACGAGACCACGAGAGCUCCCGGCCCCGCCGCAGCUGCACUCUAGAGGGAGGAGCCAAGAACUAUGCUGAAAGUGACCACAGUGAGGAGGAAGACAACGACAAUGCUGCUGCUGCUGAAGAAGCCACCAAGAAAAGCAAGAAAAAGCCCCCCAAGAAGAAAUCUCGAUAUGAGCGCACAGAGAAUGGGGACAUCACAUCCUUCAUCACCGAGGAUGAUGUUGUCUAUAGACCUGGUGACUGUGUGUAUAUUGAGAGCCAGCGACCCAACACUCCCUACUUCAUAUGUAGCAUUCAGGACUUUAAACUGAGUAAACGGGACCACCUUCUGAUGAGCGUCAAGUGGUACUACCGCCAAUCUGAAGUACCGGACUCCGUCUACCAGCAUCUCGUUCAGGACCGCAACAACGAGAACGACUCUGGUCGUGAGCUCGUCAUUACUGACCCGGUUGUCAGGAGUCGGGAGCUGUUCAUCUCUGACUACGUGGACACCUACCAUCCUGCUGCUCUUAGGGGGAAAUGCACCAUUGCCCAUUUCUCUGACAUUUUUGCUGCUAGGGAGUUCAAAGCCUGCAUCGACUCCUUCUUUUACAUAUUGGGAUACAACCCAGAGACCAGGCGACUGAACAGCACUCAAGGAGAGAUCCGAGUGGGCCCAAGUCACCAGGCCAAGCUUCCUGAGCUGCAGCCUUUCCCACCUGUGGAUGGCCAUACUGUGACUGAGAAUGAGGAGCUGGUUUGGAUGCCAGGAGUCAAUGACUGCGACCUGCUGAUGUACCUGAGAGCUGCCAGGAGCAUGGCUGCGUUUGCGGGGAUGUGUGACGGAGGAUCGACCGAGGAUGGAUGUUUAGCUGCUUCACGAGAUGAUACUACACUAAAUGCAUUAAAUAUUCUUCAUGAGAGUAAGUAUGAUGCGGGGAAGGCCCUCCAGCGCCUGGUGAAGAAGCCUGUGCCCAAGCUGAUUGAGAAAUGCUGGUCCGAGGACGAAGUGAAGCGGUUCAUUAAAGGUCUCAGACAGUACGGCAAGAACUUCUUCAGGAUUCGGAAAGAGCUGCUGCCCAACAAGGAAACGGGCGAGUUGAUUACUUUCUACUACUACUGGAAAAAGACUCCGGAGGCAGCCAGCUCCCGGGCUUACCGGCGCCAUCGCAGGCAGCCUAUCUUCCGCAGGAUCAAGACGCGCACCGCGUCCACACCGGUCAACACUCCAUCCCGCCCACCAUCCAGCGAGUUCUUGGACCUGAGCUCAGCCAGCGAGGAUGACUUUGACAGUGAGGACAGCGAGCAGGAGCUGAAGGGCUACGCCUGCCGUCACUGCUUCACCACUACCUCCAAGGACUGGCAUCACGGUGGCCGGGAGAACAUCCUGCUCUGCACCGACUGCCGCCUCCACUUCAAGAAGUACGCAGAUCUGCCGCCCAUCGAAAAGCCGGUCGACCCACCACCGUUUAUGUUCAAGCCUGUUAAGGAAGAGGAGGAUGGGCCCGGUGGGAAGCAUAGCAUGAGGACUCGACGCAGCCGCGGCUCGAUGUCUACUCUGAGAAGUGGCCGUAAGAAGCAGCCUGCCAGUCCUGAUGGAAGAGUAUCCCCUACCAAUGAAGACCUGCGGUCCAGCGGUCGAACAUCCCCCAGCGCCGCCAGCACCUCCAGCACAGACAGCAAGACUGACUCCAUGAAGAAACCCAUCAAGAAGAUUAAAGAGGAAUCAUCAUCACCGAUGAAGAGUGCCAAACGACAGCGGGAGAAAGGCACUUCAGACACAGAGGAGGCUGAGCGGACAACAGCCAAGAAGUCCAAGACUCAGGAAUUAAACCGCCCAGACUCCCUGUCUGAAGGAGAAGGUGAGGGUGAGGGUGAAAGCUCAGACAGCCGCAGCGUCAACGACGAAGGCAGCAGUGACCCCAAGGACAUUGACCAAGACAACCGCAGCUCAUCUCCCAGCAUCCCCAGCCCGCGCGACAACGAGAGUGACUCGGACUCCUCUGCCCAGCAGCAGGUGCCACAGGCACCACACCCUCCUGUCAUACAGACGCAGACCGGCCCCCUGCCGGCACCCCCAGCUCAGAGCUCCACCUCUGCUACCUCUCUAGCCACGGGACCCCCAUCCCAGCCUCCUCAGGUUCCCACGUCAGCUCCCCCUUCCACCCUGCCCUCUCAGCAGCCUCAGCCAACACCUCUCUCACUCAUUCAGCCCAGUACCCCAAUGCACCCCCAGCGGCUGCCCUCCCCCGACUCCCCGCAUCAGGCCCCGCCUCUCUGCCAGCCGCCACUUCACAGCCAGCUGCAGCCCCUGCCCCACAGUCUGCAACCAAACCCUGCUCACCUGCCGCAUCCCUUACCCCCUCAGCCAUUCCCCCUCUCCUCUCAGUCUCAGGUCCCCUCUCAGCCACCACCAGCAGUCCCUAGCCAGCCACCUGGCCCUGGACACUCUCAGCAGCUGUCUCCACACCCACUUCAGUCCCAGGCCCAGUCCUCUAUUCAGGGACCACCCCAGCCUCCUCGGGAGCAGCCGCUCGCUCCCACGCCCAUGUCCAUGCCCCACAUCAAACCCCCGCCGACUACGCCCAUUACGCAGCAGAUCUCCACCCCGCAGGCCCAUAAGCACCCUCCCCACCUGUCUGCGCCUCCUUUCCCGCAGAUGCCAUCCAAUCUUCCGCCUCCUCCCGCCUUGAAGCCACUCAGCUCACUGUCCACCCACCAUCCGCCAUCAACCCACCCUCCUCCCCUCCAGCUCAUGCCACAGAGCCAGCAGGUACAACAGCCGCCUGCUCAGCCCCCCGUGCUCACGCAGUCUCAAAGCCUGCCAGCUGCUGGAGGCCUCCCCCCUCCCCCCAUGGCAUCGUCUUCACAUGCACCCCCUUCGCAGCCUCCUUUCCCCCCACACCCCUUCAUCCCGGGUGGGACGCCCUUGCUGGCCCCCUCCUCGGCUCCGUCCUCGUCUUCAGCCUCCAUCUCUAGCCUUCAGCCUCCAUCGUCUUCCAUGGGCGCGCCUCUGCCCUCUUCGGCCAGCGGGUCCUCGGGGCCUCCCCCAGUGCAGAUCAAGGAAGAGCCACUUGACGAAUCAGAGGAGCCGGAAAGUCCUCCCCCUCCUCAGCGGAGCCCCUCCCCCGAACCCACCGUUGUCAACACACCCAGCCAUGCCAGCCAGUCAGCACGGUUUUACAAACACUUGGACCGAGGCUACAAUUCGUGCGCCCGAUCGGACCUCUAUUUCACCCCCCUGGCGUCUUCAAAGCUGGCUAAGAAGAGGGAAGAGGCCCUGGAGAGGGCCAAACGGGAGGCGGAGCAGAAGGCCCGUGAGGAGAAGGAGAGGGAGAAGGAGCGAGAGAAGGAGAAGGAGAGGGAACGUGAGCGGGAGAGAGAGCGGGAGGACAGAGCUGCCAAGACCGCUGGCUCGUCAAAUGAGGGUCGCAUGGGUGAACCCCAGGUUCCUGGCCCCGCCCACAUGCGGCCGUCGUUUGAGCCCCCAACCACCAUCGCAGCAGUGCCACCCUACAUCGGGCCAGACACACCGGCCCUGCGCACGCUCAGCGAGUACGCCCGGCCGCACGUCAUGUCUCCCACCAACCGCAACCACCCCUUCUUUGUGUCGCUGAACCCGGCCGACCCGUUGCUGGCGUACCACAUGCCAGGCCUUUACAGUGCUGAUCCAGCCUUGCGGGAGCGUGAACUGCGGGAACGGGAGAUGCGGGAGAGGGAAAUCCGUGAGCGGGAGCUGCGAGAGAGAAUGAAGCCCGGGUUUGAGGUGAAGCCACCUGAACUGGACAGCCUGCAUCCGGGUGCCAACCCAAUGGAGCACUUUGCAAGACAUGGCGCCCUGGCACUACCCCCUAUGGCUGGCCCGCACCCCUUCGGGCCCUUUCACCCAGGCCUCAACCCGCUGGAGCGGGAGCGGCUGGCGCUGGCCGGCCCGCAGCUACGGCCCGAAAUGAGCUACGGCGAGCGGCUGGCGGCAGAGCGUUUGCACGCAGAGCGCAUGGCCUCGGUGGCUAACGACCCCAUUGCUCGGCUGCAGAUGUUCAACGUAACGCCACACCACCAUCAGCACUCACACAUUCACUCGCACCUCCACCUGCACCAGCAGGACCCCCUGCACCAAGGCACUGGGGCCCACCCACUGGUUGACCCUCUGGCCGCAGGACCCCAUCUGGCCCGCUUCCCCUAUCCUCCUGGCACCAUCCCUAACCCUCUGCUGGGGCAGCCUCCCCAUGAGCAUGAGAUGCUGCGUCACCCGGUGUUUGGAGCUCCGUACCCACGGGAUCUACCUGGAGCACUCCCACCCCCUAUGUCAGCAGCGCACCAGCUGCAGGCAAUGCACGCACAGUCGGCUGAGCUGCAGCGGCUGGCCAUGGAACAGCAGUGGCUGCAUGGACACCAUCACAUGCACGGGGGCCCACUGCCAGGCCAGGAGGACUAUUACAGCCGUUUGAAGAAGGAGAGCGAUAAGCAACUGUAGUGUCCUGGAGAACAUGAGGACCGAGGACUCCAUGGAACAUUGUCAGCGAACAGACGAGCGGUGGACGUGCGUGGCACCCUCGUCGCAAGUUCCACCACAAAGAAAACUCACGGGAGAGGCUCUCCUCAACAGUUCUCGGGGAAGAGGGGGGGAGUUCUUUAUUUUACGUCAUCUGGACUUGUAUUUUUUUAUUUCGAAAGAACUUGACAUUAUUUGGUAUAUAGCGUUUUGAGUAGAGACAACGUCUUCAAGACCGAUUGUGACUUCCAUGCAUGAAAUACUUGGAGAAACAUCCCUGCAGUUUUUGUAGGCUUUUAGAACACAGGUCACCUCUUCACUGUGCUUAACACCAACAGAGCAGUUAAGCCAUUAUAUCCGAAACCUUUAAAAGUGCUUUCUGAAAUUCAGCUUAUUUUAAUACACACGGUAGAACCAUGUUUUCGUCAUUUUAAAAGAAGCUAAAAAUCUGCAGCAUGGCUUUUUUGGGUCUGUAAAUAAUAUAUAUUAUUCUGUGUGGACUCCUAACUAUGAUGUUAAACCUCCAAUAUUAUAAUUCUAAAGCAUUAUCCCUUUGUUUCAAAGGGGAAGCACGAUGGCAUUAUUUGAUGGGAAGCGGGUGCUGGUAGAGCUAAUCUGCGCCGUUUGCCGACGCUGAGGCGUCCGUCCGUUCCGCCUGUCGGCCGUACCGACUUUGGCCGAGGCGCCGCGGCGAGUGUCCGGCAGGUUGAGAAGAGGAGCGUGCCUGCGCUGUGCUUACGCUGCUCUGUGUCCCGUACACCAUGCCCGACCCCAUGAGACAAAAGCACUUUGGACUUUGCUCGUUCAGUGACCAUGUGACUCUUCCUACAGUUAACAUGGGAUAAUUGGCACACGGUGACAUUUAUUUAAAUGCGUCAGUAAGCAUUUGACAGAACUGCAGUACUGAUUUCUUUCCCUUGACAUAUAUCCUAAGAUCACAGAUGUAAUAUGGACAUAACAUUUCCCGUAUGACUCAGUUUAACGAAAAGUAAUCUUGGUUGUGAUGUCAUUCAGUGCCGUGUCACAUCUUUUAUCCCUUACACGUAGAAAUAAGUGAACGGGGAACGGUGACGCGCUGCUAUGUGUUCGUUUUGAUUUUCCGGUUCCAAUAAUGCGCCUUUUCACGGUUCUCUGGAUAAAAUAACGUUUCUGGUACCACAGUCACUGUGAAGCAAAGGAUGCUCUGAACAGAGGCAGGCCGGGGGUGGCUGUAAGGGGGCGCGUGGGAUGCUGGACGAGCCGUGAUGCGUUCGCGGAGCCGUCGGGUGCGAGAAGACGCUGUUCGGGCGGCCAGUGGCGCGUCUCUUUUCGGAAGUGCUUGGCCUCUGCGUAUACGACAUAGCAGACUGUUACCUAACUAGUUGUGAUGUUAACUGUUGUAGGCUUCUAUGUCACACCAUGUAUUUUUUACUUCUGUGGACAAGACAUUCAAACCAUUGCAAUAUAAAGGGUUAAGGAAGAGUUUGGUUCCGGUAUCCAGUUUGUCAAGAACUGAUGGAUGAAAUUCAGAUCCACCUCGCUGAUAUUCAUUUUAGCAUUAAUUGUUAACCCCUUCAAAUUAACCGAAAAGCCUGUUUAACUUCUUCCAACAGCUGAUUCCAGUUUGCCAGUAUGUCUUGGUACCAUGUUUUUUGUUUUGUUUCUGUUCUGCUUUGUUUUUUUCUUUUUUUUUUUUUUUUUUUCCUCUCCUGUGUUUUGCCCCUAAUUGGUUUUUACUUUUGCAUUUUCGUACCAAACCUGUAUUGUUCAGUGUUGUCAAUGAUUCAGCUUCUUGUUUCAGAGCAGCAGUAGCGGAAUGUAAAUUCAAACUGCUAAAAAUUUAUAUAUACCGGUAUCUUGAAGCUUAUUGUAUAUAUUAGUAGUUUGCCAUGGGAUAACACAAUGUAUACAAUAGUAGAAAUAAUUAAAAAUUUGUGAGUCCUGUGUUUUCUCCAUUUGAGUAUUUUGUAAUUUUUUUGAAAAAUUUGUGGAAUUGAAAUAAACUUAAG